CGCCAAUUCGCCUCCGCAGCUAUAUAAAACAUGCACUUCCGAUUCGUUCCGCAAUUCUCACAUCUUUCUCUCUCAAACCCUAGCCCUAUAGUUGUUUUGCCAUCUUCUAUCUUUAAUGGAGUGGCCUGCAUCUCCAUCGCCACCGUCGCCGUCGCUAAAGCAGAAGAUCCGGUCAGCUAACUGCUUCUCGUGCUGCUUCCGCACUUCGGAGGCCGGCGAGGAUCAGCCAGUGGUGGGGCCGUCGUUGAUCCGUUCGUCUUCGAUGUGGAUCAGAUCGAAGGCCGGUGAACUUCCUGACAUCAAGGAACGGUAUCGAUGGCUCAUGGCGCGGAGCGGGAAAUCGUCGCGCCGCGGAAUCCGUGAGUUCAAGUACGACCCGCUAAGCUACGCUCUCAAUUUCGACGAAGGGGGCGAAGAAGAGGCCGAUGAAGCUGAUGGGUUCCGAUACCGUAACUUCUCCUCUCGCCUCCCAGCGACGCCUCUUCAGCCCGUCGCCGGCGUCACCUGUCGCUAGCAGCUGCAGACGUGUAUCUAUCUGUGUGUAUAGCCCGCGAUUUGAAAUUUAUGGUGUGGUUUUUGAGAUCAUUUGGAUCCGGUACUUGUAUUCUACUAAUUCUCAAGAGGAAAUUGGGAA